UUGUCAAUCCAGUUGCGCGAUGGUGUGUUGAGCGUAGAGCGUGUGAGUAAGGCAAGCCAUUUUGAUUAGUAAUAUGGCGUCGUCAGCGGAGAUUAAUAUGGCGUCUUCGGACAUAAUAACUGAAGUGGAGAUUCAACCGGACAUCCAAGAAGUUGAAAUAGAGACAAUACCUGUUGAAAUACCCUGUGAAACAGUUGAAACGACAAUUGAAGGUGACGAUGGACAGCCAAUAAUAUCAUUACAACCACUCCCCGAGCCAGGACGUGAGGAAAUUAUUUUACAGACGCAAGAGGAAAUUGUUGGUGGUGAUCCGCUGAGCGUUUACGACCAAAUACCAGUACCCGACAACGACAUUUAUGUCGAAUCAAGUCCUGGACCGUCGAGAAAAACUAGUAAAAAAACCCGUAAAUCUGGUAAUACACGAUUUAGAUCACAGGAUCACGCGAUAUUCGGUGAUAUGGGUACGGAAACUAAAACAAGAAAGUGGGAGCAGAAACAGGUUCAAAUCAAGACCCUCGAAGGUGAAUUUUCGGUGACAAUGUGGGCAUCUGGAACUGACGACGGGAGUGUCCUAUUGACGCAUCACCUGGUGGAUGUUCCAGAUGAAGGCUCAAACCCGGAGCCUGAUCCAGAUUACUCCGAGUACAUGACAGGAAAGAGCAACACGAAGUUCAACCACUCAGGGAGUUCAGUCUCCGAUGGAAUAACCGUUGGACUGGAUAUGUCCGACCCGAAACAGUUGUCUGACUUCGCACGACCUGGACACAAAUUAAAAGUACGCAAGCCUCCAGCUAUCGAUGGUGUCGAACGUACCAUCGCCUGUCCGCACAAAGGAUGUACCAAAAUGUUUCGUGAUAAUAGCGCUAUGCGUAAACACUUACAUACUCACGGUCCACGUGUUCACGUGUGCGCCGAGUGUGGCAAAGCCUUUGUCGAGAGCUCAAAAUUAAAGAGGCAUCAGCUUGUUCACACUGGAGAAAAGCCUUUCCAGUGCACCUUCGAGGGCUGCGGUAAACGAUUCAGUCUUGAUUUCAAUUUAAGAACUCACGUAAGAAUUCAUACCGGCGAUAGACCUUAUGUAUGUCCGUUUGAUGGAUGCAGUAAAAAAUUCGCUCAAUCGACCAAUUUAAAGUCCCAUAUAUUGACACACGCUAAAGCGAAAUCGAGAAAUGCCAUGGGCCGACAAGUAUCACAAUUGCAACAACUGCAACAACCUCAGUUCGUUCAGGUGGAAGUUGCUGAUGUUGAUAAUCAACAAUUUAUUGUGUACGCCGAUUAGCCCCCUUUAAAAAAAUUAACAGAUCUCCUUUAUUAAGUAAUGUUUACAAAACCCACAACUAAUAUUAAUUAUAUCGUAAUCAAUAAUUAAUAAUAAUUAAUCAUUUAAAUAUCUUGUACAUAUUUAUAAUACGAUAUAAAGUGGCGCCUGCAACAAUAAGAAAUAAUAAUUAUUAUUAUUUAAAUAAAAACAAAAAUCAACAGGAUAAAUAAAUAAAAUAAAAAGAAUGUGUUGGUUUAAAACUAUGCAUUGAGUUAAAAUUGAUACCAAUUGUAAUGAUAGAACACCGGAAGCACUAGAGUUAGGAAUUAAAAUAAUUUUAAUAAUUAUUAAUGAAUCAGACAUUUGUUUGGUGAGAUAAUUAUAUAUGAAUAUGAAUAUGAAAGAAAUGAUAAACGAU